AUGAACAUCGUGGAGCUGCUCGAGAAAAAACACUUUAAGUCCAUAGAGAGGAGUGUCAAAAGGAGGAAGCUGAAGAAGUACUUCUUCGCCCUUUUAAGGUUUAACAAUUUGUAUAAGGGAAAGAACAAAGCUGUGGGUAAGAUCUGGAGGGAUAUUUCAACAAGGGGGGAGUACCUCGACACGAUUAAUACUUUUGCGUUUGUGAAUUUUAAAUAUGUAUGUGAGUUUGUGAAGAGAUUGAGGGAGGGGAGUCCACUCGAAUGGGUGGGUGGACAGGAUGGACUGCACACAUUGGAAUGGCCAUACUUGCUGCCUGCUACUUUAGGAGAUGACAUCGAGAGAGAUCCCCAAAGAGUUGUGGAUCUUUUCCUCGUACAGUUGUUCCGUGUGGUGAGGCUCCACGCGAGUGAGAAAGCGGGGUGGGGAGGUGGCAACACCGAGUGUGGAGGUCCAAUUGGCGGCUCAAUUGGCGGCUCAGUUGGCGGCCCACUUGACGGAGCACCCACAGGUGAGGCCAAACCAAGUAUGGACAUAGCCCACCUAAAUGACAUUAUAUUUAUUAACCAAAAAAGAGAGUUUGAAAUUUUAUUCAGUUUGAUACACCCCCUUGUGCACAACAUAUACGUGACGAAUCUGGUCACAGACGUGAUGAUGAAGUCCCCCCCACCCAUAGACAUGGACAGGUGCUACAUGCACAUGCUCAUUUCUGUAUUGCUUCAUGUGUACAAAAAAAAAAGAUGUCCUUUUUUUUAUUUUAUGAUAUACAAAAAAUGGAAGAAGGGAAUGAAAAAAAACAUUUUUAACACGAUGGAAAUUAUUAUAGAAUGGGAAGCAAUAAAUCUUCAUGUCAGAAAAAAUAAAAAAAAAAUUUACGAUUUUAAGUGUUUGCGAUACUUCCUCCUUAACCUGUGUGAUCGUUCUGCUAUUCAUCGGAUGUUAAACUACGUCUUUUCCUUUUUACAUGAUCUUUUUUUAUUCAAUAAUCCAAACACUUGGGAGAUGGAUUUUUGGACAUACAGGAAGGAAAGCAAUUGGUACGAGUUUUCCUUUUUUCUUUACCUUUCUGUUGAAGAUUUGUGUGAUGGAGAAUUCGUUUUUUUUGUCCCUCCUCUUGAAAAAAUAAAGAAAUUACUCCAAUGUGAACAGCCAACUUAUGCGAUGGACAUUUAUCUGCUACUCCAUUUUAUCGACAAAUGUGACUGCGAGCUUUCCGUCAAGUUGAGACUCAUUUUGGUAUCUCUCAUUCGAUGUGCCAAUUCGCCUGACUUGUUCAGGCAACAGGAGGAGAGCUUCUUCCGUGCUGUGCUGGAGCCCGCAAGGGCGCAGCUACUGGGUGGGUCGCUACGCGGUGGACCGCUUCCCAAUGGGCCUCCACCCCCCCCGGAGCACCGCCCCAUCGCUCAGUUCGUGUCCACCUACCUGUCCGACAAGGACGACUUAAUCAUGCGCACCACGAAGAAGGAGUCCUUCUUCAACGCCUCGUGCAUAGUAAAGUACGUCCACAUGAGCUGCUACAACGUAGUUAACAACAGGAAGGAAUACACAGUAAAGUAUGAUCAUCUAGAGAGUAACCAACAAGCCACCACGGCACACCCCUAUGAGUACAACCUACACAGUGAUGUGACGAGUUAUAAAAAUUAUUUAUCAUCCACCGUCAAUGGACAGACAUGCAGAAAAAAUGCAACGCUUGUAUCAGUCCUCCUGCACAUGAACCUACUUCGCUUGAGUGAUGUGUGGAGCUUUACGCUUAUCAAGUUGGUGGAAAAUGAUGUCAUUUUCCAGCUAAUGAAUCUGUUGAGGCUGAGGAGGAAGAGCGCACUUUUGUGCCUGACCAUUUCGAGCGUCCUGAAGGUGCGUUACGAGGCUGUGCAGGAGUACGCGCGCGCGGAGAGGGGCGCCACUAGCGUUGGCGGCAGCGUUGGCGGCAGCGUUGGUGGAAGAGUCAGCGGAAGAGUUGGCGGAAGAGUUAGCGGAAGCGUUGCAGGCAGCGGCAACAGCCGUUUGGGUGGAGGGUUGGCAGGAGGCUUGUCUGACAGAUUGGCGGACGAGUUGGAUGGCGGCCCGGCCAGCCACCCGCGUGGGGACUUACGUGGAGACGUUCAUGGAGAUUUGCGCGAAGACUUGCGCGAAGACUUACGUGGAGACUUACUUGGAGCGGCGCUCGCCAAGAGGCGCGCACUUAGGAAAGAAGUGCUGGAGUACGCGUCCAACGAAAACAAGCUGAUGGACAUCCUGUGCUACCUAUCGAUGAACAUAAAAAAGGACCUCCUCAAACUACCCCUAAUUAUUUUGAAAAUUCUUUUUAAAAAUAUACUCAAGUACCUAUCCAAGCCAAUACACGAUGUGAAGAAAAGCAUAAGGCAUUACUUCGACAGUAUGUCCUUGAGGAUAGGUGCAUACAUAUUUGAGCUAAUGCAUAUAAUGUCCACCUGGAUUUUCUACCAAGGGGAAGUACUCUCCAUAAGUGAUUACCGAAAGAAAUUCCACCUCUUUCCUGUUUAUUUCAUUUUGGUGGAUGUUUAUGUCAAAUUUGCUGAGAAGUAUAGCGAGAAGAACAACGCCGGGGACUAUCCUCAUGGGGAGAAGAAGCAGUCUCUCCAGGAGGAGCAAAGUGAAGGGUGCUGUUAAAUGAACCUAGUGAAGCACAACCAGUACAGUUACGUGGACUUAUCACAAACGGAGUGGAAAGGAAAGAGGAGAAGCAUCGACUCUGUCUCAAAGGAGAGUACCUCUAGUGAAGAUUAUUAUUCCCAACACAUCAUCUACAUCACGAAAAAAUUUAUUAAAUCAAGGGUAGGGAACACUGAGAUGGAUGAGGAAGAGAAUGGAGACUGCUACAUCAAUGGUGACGUUGUGGAUACAUGCAUAGUUGAAUCCUCGGGAAGUUACUCCCCUUUGGAAGCUACAAAUGGUUUAUACGCCCAAAUUGUGAAGGCAAGAGAAGCAAUGGGUAGGCUUUUCCUUGGCGGUGUAGAGAAGAACUCAGUAGCUUGUGCUCCGGAUGGAGUAAUCAUCAUGGGGUUGGAAAGCUCGUUGCUGCGGAACUGCCUGCUGGUGAUUACCUUCAUUGAGGUGAUUUUCUUGAAUGGGGGCGGCGCUGUGGGAAGUGGUUCAACUGUAGGCACUCCCGAUGUGGGCACCCCCGAUGUGGGCACUCCCGAUGUGGGCACUCUCAAUGUGGGCACUCUCAAUGUGGGCACUCCCGAUGUGGACACCCCCGAUGUGGGCACCCCUGAUGUGGGCACCCCCGAUAUGGUUAGAACUCAUGUAGGAAGCCCCCAUCCCGGCGCAGACCCCCCUGCCCGCAUGCGCAACUUCGCCCAAGUGAUGAGGGACCUGCUGGACGAACAGCUCUGCGCACACUACAUCUCCGUGUUCCAGAACCCAUUAAAUUUCUUCCUGAGAAUUUCGCCCAAGUAUGCCCAGCUGCUGGUGAGGCACAACUGCCUGGAUAGCUUGGUGGGUUUUAUUUUUACAAAGCUACAGAGCUACUUGUCGUUGAUGCCACCCCGGCUGUGUGUGGAAGACUUCCUGCCGCUGAACGUAGAGGACAUCACGGCUCUGCAGGAGACGGCCGUGGCGCAGUUUGUGCUGAGCCUGCGCGGGGGAGAGGCAGGUACGCGGUACGAAGCGGAAGAAGGGGCAGACUCCCGGCACGAAGCGGAGGAAGGGGCAGAUACGCGGCACGAGGCGCAGGAAGAGGCAGACUCCCGGCACGAAGCGGGGGAAGGGGCAGACUCCCGGCACGAGGCGCAGGAAGAGGCAGACUCCCGGCACGAAGCGGGAAGGAGAGCCGAACGAACCGGGCCAAUCCUCGGAGACCUCAAUUUCUUCCUAAAGAAAAUGGACACGCUGGUGAAGACGCUGAGUGCGAGCAGCCUGCAGAGUCUAUGCGAGUCGGGGUUCGACACACAGAGCGCCUUCUAUCUCUCCUUCUACCUCCGCCCGGACGCAUUCCACACCGUGUUCCACUACCUCGCAAAUAAUAUGGCAGCUAUCACAAGCGACAGCUUCAACUUAGAAGACAGCGUAAACUACUACAAGAAAAUUUACAUAAGAAAAAAAGAACCCGUUCUGAAGCCAUACAAUGUAUUGGACAAAACGACCUUCUACACACAGCUGGUUGUAUUUUAUUUUAUUGUAAAUGCCAAUAAUGAAAGAAUGGUGAUGGAAUGUUACAAGAAGAGCCUAUGCUGCUACUUUAAGAGUUGCUUGCAGAGAUGCUUCAGACCUUACGUAGACGAAUUUGUGGCGUCCAUUAUACCUGCUAUGUUGCACUUUUAUUACUUUUUUCCAUCCUUUAUUCCUGAUCUGUUGGGCUCUCUAAUCGAGAUUGAGAUGAAGGAGGAGAACGAGGUGCUGUGCAGGGAGUUGUCGCGGUUUGAGAAGCGCGUUCGGCGGGUGCUCGAGGUGUCUUACGUGCACAGCGGGGAGGGGGCGCAGCGAGUUGGUGCUGCCCACUCGGCUGGCGCGUGA